AUGAAGCAGUCAAAAGCCGACUGCUACAUCCAUCGAACGUCAGGGGUUAUGUCGACGCUCAAAAUGUUAUUUGGGCAACCGGAGGUGAUCGUCCAUUCCAUGAUGUCUAAAAUCAACUCCCUUCCCGCAUUGAGGGAGGACAAAUUAGAAGCCAUCGUAGAUUUUGCCGUCAGCGUUGAAAACUUCUGCGCAACCGUCGACGCAUGUGGAUUGGAAGAACACUUCUACAAUAUGACCUUCCUUCACCAACUCGUCAACAAGCUUCCACCAUCGAUCAAGUCAAAUUGGGCGCAGUACCGAUUAUCGCUACCUACGGUUAAUUUACCGUCUUUCAGCAGCUGGCUCUACUCUCUAGCAGAAGCUGCUAGCGCUGUCACCAUUCCGAACACCACACUCGAAUCCAAAACUCUGCGUAACGACUCACGCACAGCCAAGAAGAGCAACUCCUUCGUCAAUGCUCACACCCAGGAAGUAUCAAAACGCCAUCGCUUCGCAGCGCUAUCUAACGUGAAAACUGCAGCCGAUAGCUGCCUAGUUUGCAAAGGAAGCUGCAAAUCGAUCACCAAAUGCACACGUUUUCUGGAGUUCUCUCGCGAUUCUCGCUGGGCGACGGUUCGAGAUCUAGGGCUCUGUCGUCGGUGUUUAGGCCAACAUAAGGGUGGAUGUCAAGCCAAAUUGUGUGGGAAGAAUGGCUGCGAGUUGAAGCAUCACGAAUUGCUGCAUAAUGACCAGAAGAACACAUCGCUGCCGUUGAAUACUUUAUCGACCGACACAAGCAAAUUAUCGCCGAUCCAGCGUCAAGAACCUAUACCAGCUCCGAACUUGGGUGUUGCUCCGCUGUUGCUGCACGGUAAACACCGAUCAAUUGAAACAUUCGCCUUCCUGGACGACGGGUCCGAGCUCACCUUGCUCGACAAGGAACUUGCGGAUGAGCUGCAACUUGAGGGAGAUGCGGCCCCGCUAUGCUUGCUUUGGACUGGAGGAGCGAAGCGUCGAGAGGACGACUCAAAGAAUGUCAAGCUUGAGAUAGGUUCAAAACACGACUCCAAGAUGUACACCAUGCAAGGAGUACGCACAGUUGCUGAAUUACUUCUUCCGACACAGUCUCUCAAUGUCGAAGAGUUGUCUGAGCUAUAUCAACAUCUCAAAGGUCUUCCGAUCACCUCCUACCAAGAUGUCCGGCCAAGAAUUCUCAGCGGAAUGAAGGAUCAGCACCUCAGCCUUGUUAAAAAGAGCCGCGAGGGUGCACUGCACGAGCCGAUCGCUGUUAAAACCCGGUUAGCAGAAGAAGAUCGAGCGCAGAAUCUGCUCGAAGGCCGCACAGUGCUGGAGGGAAAACGCUACGAAACUGGCUUGUUGUGGCGCUACGACAAUGUUCGGCUGCCGGACAGUUUUCCGAUGGCCCUCCGACGACUGCAGUGCCUCAAGAAAAGAAUGGAUAAAGACUUCCAACUAGCGGACGCCCUCAACAAGAAGAUAAUCUAUUUCGUCAAAAAGGGCUAUGCGAGGAAGGUCACCGAUAAAGAACGUUCCAAAAACUUCCCCCGGACGUGGUAUCUACCUAUAUUUCCGGUAACGAACGCCAAUAAGCCAGGCAAGAUCCGUAUGGUGUGGGAUGCCGCUGCAGUAGCCCACGGAAUAUCCCUUAACUCCGCGCUACUCAAAGGACCGGAUCAACUCAGCGCGCUGUUUACCAUACUGGUUCAAUUCCGUGAAGGCCGGGUCUCUCUAACUGGAGAUGUGCGCGAAAUGUUCCUGCAAGUGCUCAUGCGUCCGGAAGACCAGCAGUGCCAGAGGUUCCUCUGGUAUGAUGAAGAUGGGACCCUUUCUAUAUACGUUCUCCAGGUGAUGACAUUCGGGGCCUGCUGCUCCCCUAGCAGCGCCCAGUUCGUGAAAAACCUAAGCGCCAAGCGCUUCAAGUGGGAUUAUCCAGCGGUUGAAGUGAUCCAACGGCACUACGUUGACGACAUGCUAGUGAGUGUGGCAACAGAGAAAGAAGCUGUCGAACUCGCAUUGCAAGUGAAGGAGGUACACGCAGCUGGCGGCUUCGAAAUCCGUAAUUGGAUCAGCAACUCCAAACGCGUCGCUGAGGCCUUAGAGGAGAACAACACUGAAGAAAAGAAACUCGAUCUUUCACCGGAAUUAGACACGGAGAAGGUGCUUGAGCUUCAGGCGGCCCUGAUCGGCUCUCGACUUGCCCGAACACCCCCCGAAGCCCUCACGAUCCACAUUACCCGUCGAGUUUUCUGGUCUGAUUCCCAAGAUAUUCUGUGCUAG